AUUGUUUAUAUGUACAUGUGUAUGGGUGUGUCAGUGUUGCAAGUUGUGUAGAUGUUGUAUCUCUAACUUUGAACCAUGGAUGUGUCUGACAAAGAACAAAUUUUUGGAAUUGACGAGACAAAUGUGACUUUCAACAGUAAAUUCAACGGUAAAUCCAAGAGCCGCUGUUCAAAGUGUUGCCAAUGUCUUGUGAUGCUUCUGGCUGUUUUCAUUGCCCUGUUAUGUGUAGCUGCUGUGGUUGUUUUUGGAGUGCUCUAUUACCGACUGGUUAUUACUGAAAGUGUGGGAGAUCUUGCGGAAAGAGUUGCUGAAUUGGAAGCUCAACUCAAUAAGACUCAAUCCAUGUUAAUAUCUUCUGUUGAGGCACAGAUGUCAAGUGCUGCUAAAUUGGAUGCUCAAAUCAACAAGACCCAGUCCAUGUUAUCUUCUGUUCAGGAACAGAUGUCAACUACUGUACCAACUGUGAUUCAAGAACAGAUCGAUGAAACACGAGCUGACUUUGUACAGGGUAUGAGUGACAUCUCUGAUCGAGUAUCCACAAGUCAGCGUGCGACAUACGUUCGUUGGGGAAGCGGUUCGUGCCCAGAUGUGAAUGGAACUACCCUAGUUUACAGUGGCUAUACUGGUGGUAAUUGGUUUGGGAAUCAAGGUGGUGCCUCCAACCAUCUCUGUAUGCCUACUGAUCCGGAAUACACGCUCCCAUUUGAGGCUGGCAUCCAGGGAGCUAGUAACAUAAAUGGUGCUGAAUACGAAUCUGUGUUUCUCGGUACUGCCAACCGGAAUGCUGUGUGUGCUGUUUGCUCAGUGUCUACACGUGCUGAAGUCAUUAUGAUUCCUGCAAAAACAUCUUGCCCUGCCGAUUGGACAAAUGAGUACAUUGGCUAUAUCAUGUCUGAAAGAACUACCAAUUAUCGCACGAUGUAUAUCUGUGUCGAUACGAGUAUGGGUUUUGUUCCUAACUCUUUUGAUCAUAUGGAUUCUACUGACUUGUGGAACACCGAAGCCAACUGUGCCAGUUUGCCUUGUCCUCCCUACAAUGAUGAACAGGAACUAGGGUGUGUAGUGUGCUCAAAGUAGUAGCGUUAAGUGUCGUGUCCAUUGUGAGUAGCAUCACACGAACUGCAUGCAUGUACUUAUUAGUUGUAGUGCUUUUAUGUUCGUAGCUGGUAGUUUACCAGUUAGCUUUGUGUAUGUCCUAUGGUGUAAGCAGCACAUGCACUCUUGAGAUUGCAUGCAUGUAUAACAGUAA